AAUGGUUACUGACAAAUCCAAGGGUAAAGAAACCUCUACUGAUGUCAAUGUAGUUAAGUUCAACUAAUAUAAUAAUAUAUAGAACAAACGUUGGGAAAUGAAUGAGUUUAUGGAAGUCUGGAAGAAAUUGACUCAAGACGUAUUUUCACCUAAACUAGAAUACAUUCAAGGACUGUAUAUUGCCCAUACAAGUACCAAAUUGAACCAAACAGAGAGUUAUGUUCAAUAUUUCCCAAUUCAUGAAUUAUCAACUGAUCCAGCACAACGAUUUGCAGCAUUGUUUGCAGAAAAACCCUUAUGGUCACUAGAAGAAAUCUCACCAUUCUUAAUGGAUUUAGCACCCUUAAAGAAGGAAAGAGAACAUUUGCUACUCAAGUUUGCACGCCCACAUCGAACUCAAUCAACAACAUUAUAUGGUAGUAGAAUCAAAUAAGAUUUUAAUAUAAAGAUG